AUGGUUUCCUUCUCCUGUGAGGCGUGCGGCGAUAUCCUCACCAAGAAAAAACUCGACCCCCACCGUAACCAGUGCCGCGGCGCGUCUUUUACCUGCAUCGAUUGCAUGGUCCAUUUCUGGGGCACGGAAUACAGAUCGCACACGUCUUGCAUGAGUGAGGCCCAAAAGUACCAGGGCGCUCUUUAUAAAGAAAAGCCGGUCAGGGGCCAACAGCGCAAGGGCCAAAACACCCCGAAGCAGAACGCAAAGUCCAACCCCAAUGCGCGCAACCAACAGCCUCGAGUCGACGAUGCCACUUCCGAUGGCGAGGUCAUCAAGACCAAUGUGCCCCCUCCUCCGGCGCCGACUCCCCCUCCCACCAGCGAGGCCAAGCCUACCGCAGCUGCCAUCACCAAUGGUGACAAACCCGUCAAUGUCUUUGACUACCUUGUCACCGAGGACACCCCCAAUGCCUCGAAGGUCUCCCUGGCUCCGAAGGAGCCGAUGUCCAUGAAUCCCCAUGCGCCAUCCGUGUUUGAGGCGAGCAACUCCCUGGCUCGACUGGACCCCAAGACCGACGACGAGGGCAACUACGAUAUUGCCUACGAAGAGAAUGGCUUCUCCUACGGCGCGGACCCCAUCCCACCGUCCAAAUACCCUAACGCCGCCAACCCCUCCAUGGAAUUUGUCACCCCGGCCCCGAAGAAGAAGAAGGACCGCCGUGAGAAGAAGGAGCGCGUCCCCGGUAGUGCCAGCGAGAAGAAGCGCAAGCGUGGCCACGGUGAUGAGCUGAGCAGCCCGCAACAAGAUGUCGACACUCCCAUGAUGGACGCCCCGUCCAGCGUGAUCAACAAUGCCGGAACCCCAAUGCUGAACCACUCCGGGUUGACCGGUGGAUUGAACCGCAUGAUGCGCUCUCCCUCGCACGAGAUUGACGAGACCCCGGAGCACGGUCGGUCCGCCUACCAAGAUGCCUCUUCACCGAUCAAGCGCACCCGUCGCAAUGGCAAGGAGCUUAACGGUGGCGACCCCGGUCUGGGCAUCACCAUCAAGAACCGCGCCGAGCGCCUGGUUACGUCUAUGUUCGGCGGCACUGGCUCCGUGGUCUCCAACGGCAGCAAAGACAGCCACGAGAACUCCCGUGCUCUUGUCCGCACUCGCCGUGGCAGCUCCUCCAGCGCUGACGGCCAAUUGGAGAUCCGCAAGAAGAAGUCGCACCGCUCGCGCGACGCCUCCGGCUCCCACGCCGAGCGCAAGUCCAAGCGCAAGAGCAGCAACCCCAACGAUGGUGACCGUCCCUCACGCCGCCAGAAGCAAAUCGACGAGCGCCGGCGCUCCGAUUCACAGUCUCCUCACCGCGACAGCCGUCAGGUCACCGUCUACCAGAAAUCCAAACCCCCGGCGCGCUCUGAGGAUGUCCUGCAACGUGAUAUGGCCGCCCACUUCCUGUCACUUGUUUCUCGGGACAGCGAGCGUGGUUGCUCUUUCCACAAGGCUCUCAAGCGCUUCCACCGUGACUUCUCUGAUGACGGCCGGGAGCACCGCAGCGAGGAUGAGAAGGACUUGUGGCGCGGUUUGCGGUUGAGACGCAAUGAUCGCGGUGAGAUCGUCGUGUUUGCUUAG